GAGUGUUGGUUGCCAGGCACUACAAACAAAAUGGCGGCCAGUUUGGUCAAGUGAAGACAAAUUCUGUAGCGUUUUUAAACUUUUUUACAGCGAACUCUUCGGUUCUUCGAUAUGACCGUGAAGGAAGAAGAUAAGAACGCAAGUAAGAGUGAAACUCCGGUUUCAGGAGGGCCACAAAAUACCGCAUCGGGUCUCAGUGAGCCACCAAAUACCGGGGAAGUGAAUGUUGAUCCGAUUUCCCCCGUACAACAACAAACCGAGGAACAGACGAGCAGAGCAGAGAUCGCGGAAAGCAAGGCUGAUGGGGAAGAGGAGGAAACGAUUUGCCAGGAAUAUGAGGGAGGCCUGAAUGAUGACAAGAUUGCUGGUGGCUUGUCACAGCUUGGUCGCUCAGCUGAUGGUACAAUGCAAGUCUACCUUACUCUCUUCUUGCCGGGUUCUGACCUGACUGACAUUACACCUCUUGGAGACUAUGUGCAUCUGCAGACUGUAAUAUUGUCUCAUAACUCCCUUACAGAUUUGACAGCUUUGGGUAACAUGCCAAACCUGAUCACACUUGAUGUCUCCCAUAAUAAGCUCACAACAGUUCUUGACUUCACACCGCCCCUGGCGCUAAGGGAGGUGAAUUUGUCUCAUAAUGAGGUAGAGGAGCUCCCCGACCUCUCGCUACACCACUCACUUGUCAAACUUAACUUGAACUAUAAUAAAAUAACAGAAAUCCAGGGGUUGUCUGGAUGCCACAAGCUGUCUCAUCUGCUUUUGAUGCACAACAGAGUUGAGAGAAUUGCAAACCUGGAAAAUCUCUUAUUACACGUAUUGGAUUUGAGUCAUAACAAUAUUAAAAAGAUUGAAAACCUGGAGACACUGAAAACCCUUCAAAAACUGAACUUGGCAUCCAACUGCAUCAGGAGUAUGAAAGGGCUGCAGGGCCACCCAAUGCUCCAAGAAGUUGAUUUGCAGGAAAACCAGAUUAUUGACAUUGCUGAGGUACGAUACAUCAGAGAGCUAAAGCUGCUGAGGAACCUGAAUCUGCAGAGUAACCCAAUACAGAGUUUGCCAGACUAUCGACUGUCUCUGCUGUUCAGGAUUCAAACUCUUCUUGAACUGGACAAGUCAAAAGUUACCCCAGAAGAGAAGAUUGCUGCAAUGAACAUGUACAGUCCUCCAAUGGAGGUCGUCGCAGCACGUGAUCAUAUGCUUCAUGUCGUUAGGUCUCUUUUGCAGCCAGUGACUAUAUAUGAUAGUACCCUACCUAGUGUGGACACACCCUACCCUAUGCUGAUCCUGUGUGGACCAAGUGGUGCAGGCAAAAGACACCUGGCAAGACGCCUUUGUCAGGAGUUCCCAGACUUCUUUGGAAUUGGAGUGUCGCAUACCACACGUCCACCGCGCAAGAAGGAAGAGCAUGGUCAGGAUUAUUUCUUUGUGAAUAAAGAGGAGUUUGAACAUGGAGUCAUGUCGGGUCUGUUCCUGGAGACAUGUCAGGUGGGCGGCUUUCUGUACGGUGUGACGCGUGAGGCUGUUGAAUGUGUUGCCAGGGAAGGUCUAGCUGCUGUCUUCACCAUGGAGCUUGAGGGCGUGCUGAGUUUCAAAAACACGUACUUCGAGCCUCGGUAUGUGCUGGUGGUCCCAAUAAAUCGCAAGGCACAUGAGGGUAGGAUGCAGGAGCUUGGCUACUACUCUGAGGCUCAGAUCACCCACGCUAUUGACAGAGUCGAGAUGUAUCUAAGUAAACACAGAGAUAACCCUGGCUUCUUCGACAUGGCCAUCAACUCAGAUGAUCUGAAUGAGGCUUACCGACGACUGAAGCACUUGAUCAUGGAGUACCUAGGCAUGUCACCGCCCACGACUACCGACACAGAUAUGUACAGUACGAGCGAUACGUCCUUCGACACAGAGGACGAUAGCGUGGGGCGUGCGGGGCCCAAAUCCGGCACUACAAAUACUACGAGUAUGACCAUCAAUAUGGCGGCUAGGACAUGGUCGCGACGGUCACACACCUCAUCCACGGCCAAACGUGCAUCGGCGCCUGAGAAAACGCCAGUGGAGGAGCGCUCUCACGUGCGCCGUCAGAUCCUAGCCAAGGCUGCUGUGGCCGGUGUACAGGUCCUCUCUCUUGAUCAGCUCGACCCCAGGCACACGGCCUCUGCUGGCUUCACCGGCGGCUCAUCCAACGUGAACGGCGUCAAGCGCGCUUCUUCCUACCCUCUUGACUAUACUACGUCAUUUGUUUCCAUGGUAGCCAACGCCAGUAGCGGCAAGGACCCUGGGGUCGAGUCAAACGAGUCCGACUCAGAAGGAGAGGGAACGUCGACGUCAUCCCUCAUGUCUAGUGCGCGUGCGUACUCCGCCAGGCAAGACCCUCCGUCCCAGUCUCAGCACGGCUCAGAUGAAGACAGGCAGUCCAUAGAUAUAAUGAACCUGGAAUUUGCUUCGCAGGCAUCGGCUUCUGUCGCAAUGUCUUCUGGGAUGGUGCAAUUGCAAGAUGCUGCCAACUCCAUAUAAGGCGUACCAGGCCCGAUAUGGAAAAUACACAUUUAUAUAGCAUAUGAUAAAUUUUUACGACUAUUUUUUUGCAGGAAUCCCUGUCGUCAUUUGCUGACAAGGUCUAAGCACAUUGUAUCUGUACUUGUAAACAAGCAUCGUGAUGUAUUCCACGGAUAAUGCAAAUUCGAAACAGUUAAAAAUUUAAAAUAAAGAACACAACCAAGA